AUGGCCAGCAUCACCCAGCUGCUGGAUGACCUUUGCGAGGCCCACCUACCGGCCGCCGGAGCUCUCCCGGCCCGGCGUGGCCUGGACCGGAGGCGGGCCAAGCAGUGCCUCAAGAAGGUGGCCUACAACAUGCUUUUCCCAAGUCUCUUUCAAGAGGAGACGCCGAAGCUGCAGCCUGAGCUCUCCAAGCUGCCGGUGAAAAACAAGAUCCUUAUGCUGUCAUUUAACUUGCGGGUGGGCGGCCUGGGCCCGGACGCCGACCGCUUGGAGGACCUUGUGGACCAGCUGCAGGCAGCCCCUUCCUGUCCGCUUGGGGAAGUGGCCUCGGUGUUGGACCUCCUGGUUCAGCUGGCGGGGACGGGUCCCCCUCGAGAGCUGCCCCGGAAACGGGACUAUUUCCUAGACAACAAGUACGUGGGGAGAAACGUUCCCUACCGGGGCUACGACUGUUGUGACUUGAGGGCGCUGGAGAUGGACGCUGAGUCCCUGAUCUGCAGAGAGGAGUAUUUGUGCCGGGACAUGGCUCAGAAGACGCUGCAGAUGAUGGAGGCCCCGCCGGGCACCGGCCUACCCACCUUUGGGCGCUUCUCAUUGGGUGACUCUUGUGACAAGUUUGAGAGAGACACCCGGACCUCCCUCUUUGGUGCCCUUGUGCAUAGCCGCACAUUCGACAUGGACAUCCGACUGGAUCUGCCCCCGGUGCCAGACAGCGUGGACCUGUCCGGACUUGCCAUUAAAGUUCCUCAGAGCAUGGACCAGUCGGAAGAUGAAGGGUUCCAGUCGGCGUCUAAUUUGACUCCAGACUCCCAGUCUGAACCAAGUGUGACCCCGGACCUGGAUGUGUGGGAGGCCGUGCUCACUUACGAGGCCAGCAAGAGGCGGUGCUGGGAGAGAAUCGGGUGCCCCCCUGGCCACAGAGAGGAGCCCUACCUCACAGAAGCUGGGAGAGAGGCUUUUGACAAGUUCUGCAGACUCUGCGAGGGGGGACUGCAGGUGCUUGGUGGCAGCCUGCUCCCGGCCCUGCAGCACAUCCUGGUGCAGGAGUGUGAGCUGGUGAAGGACACGCUGAAUGUGCUCAUUGGAGUUGCAUCGGCCACAUUCUCCCUCUGUCAGCCAGCCCAAGCCUUCGUGGUGAAGCCAGGAGUGUAUGUGUCCGGGACCUCCCCAGAGAGCAUGCGUGGCCUCCUGUCAGAGGUGGCUGUGUGUGGGACCUACUAUGUGCGCCUCAGCCGCUUCUCUCUGCAGCCGGUGCUGGACGCCACGUGCAGCAAAGGCCUUGUGUUCCAGGCCUUCACCAGUGGCGUGAGACGGUACCUGCAGUACUACCGGGCCUGUGUGCUCUCCACCCCGCCCACCCUCAGCCUGCUGACCAUCAGCUUCCUCUUCAAGAAGCUGGGCCGACAGCUCAGGUACCUGGCUGAACUCUGUGGUGUUGGCACCGGACUCCCAGGGACCAGUGGUGGUGGAGGGUCCAAGGCUGUGUUCCCGACUGGCGUGAAGCUGCUCUCCUACCUGUAUCAGGAGGCCCUGGACAACUGUAGCAAUGAGCACUACCCCGUCCUGCUGUCCCUGCUCAAGACCAGCUGCGAGCCCUACACAAGGUUCAUCCACGACUGGGUGUACAGUGGGGUCUUCCGAGAUGCCUAUGGCGAGUUCAUGAUCCAGGUGAAUGAGGACUACCUCGGCUGCAGAGACAAGUUUUACUGGACCCAUGGCUAUGUGCUGAUUUCUGAGGAGGUGGAGGACUGUGUCCCCGUGUUCUUGAAGCACAUUGCCAAUGACGUGUACGUCUGUGGGAAGACCAUCAACCUGCUGAAACUCUGCUGCCCCCGGCAUUACCUGUGCUGGUCUGACGUACCUGUUCCUCGCAUCUCGGUGAGCUUCUCCCUUGAGGAGCUGAAAGAGAUCGAGGAGGACUGUGCUGUGUACGUGGGGCGCAUGGAGAGGGUGGCACGCUACAGCUCCGUCAGCAAGGAGGAGAAGGAACUACGUGUGGAGAUCGCAAAACAGGAGCUGAUCGCCCAUGCCCGCGAGGCAGCGGCCAGGGUUCUGAGCGCCCUGAGUGACCAGCAGGUGUCCGAGCGUGCAGCCGUGGAUGCCCGGAAACGGGAGCAGUUUCAGAAGCUGAAGGAGCAGUUUGUACGUGACCAGGAGCGACGCCUGGCAGCCAGACAGGAAGAGGCUGAUGAUGACUUCAGCUAUGCUCGCGAGCUCCGCGAGAGGGAGAAGCGGCUGCAGGCCUUGGAGGAAGAGCUGGAACAAAGGACAAGGCGGGCGCUGGUUGAGCACUACAGCCGGCUGUCGGCCGAGGCGGCACGCCGGGAACAGAGGGCGCUGUGGAGGCUGCAGAGGCGCAGGCUGGGGGAGGCGCGGCGUUGCUUCCUCCUGGCGGACCAGACACGCCUGCAGGAGCUCCUGAAGGAGGUGUCUGAGGGCAUGUGCCGACAGCCACUGGCUGAGCGCGCUCUUGCCACAUGCCUGCCUGGACCAGGGGCAGCACAUCCUCAGGCCGUGUCCCCAGAUGUGGAGCCCCCAGAUGUGGAGCCCCCAGGUGGAGGCCAAGGCCAUGACCCCACGUCUGCAGAGCAGCACAUGGCUGUCCUGUCACCUCGGUCCCCAGGGUCUCCUACAGCAGAAACCAAGCCUUUCUCUGCUGGCGUCAGCAUACAAGACUUCCUGCCCAUGGGCCUAGGGGUAGAGCAGCCCAUGGAGGCCAGUGUGGCCCCUAUGCCAGGGAACGCCCCCAUCCUGGGGGAAGCCCCCGUUUUGGGGGUGACCCCUUUCCCAGGGGAGUCCCCUCUGCUGGAGCAGGCACUGCAGAACAUUAGCUCAGACCUGCCUUUCUCCAGUGCAGAGGAGGUGCCCACAGUGGCUGGCAUGCAGCCCUCCCGGGGGCAAGAGUAUGAUUUCAGUACCGUCCUGAGGCCAGCUCUGACCACCCAGGCAUCUCCAGGACCCCUCCGGGCUGCAGGGGAUGACUCGGGCCAUGAGGGCCCUCAGCUGCGGUGGGACACUCCUAUGAAGCUGAACACUUGGAUCCCUGAAGUGCUGGUGGCUCAGCCUCACCUGCCCCCACCUAGGCCUGGGCCUGCCGAGGAAGGGAGCAUCGGGUGCCAGGAUCAGCUCCUAACGUACACGUCUGGUGGCGGUGCUUCCUCAGUGGGUCAUGCUUCUGAGACGGCCCCCUCCCAGCCACGCUGGAGCAUCCCAGGCCACGUGUCCAACACCAGUAUCAAGAACGGGGAGAAUGUCUCGGAUGUGGUCCCCUCCCGGCCACGGUGGAGUGUCCAUGGCCACGUGUCUGAUGCCAGUAUCAAGAACGGGGAGAAUGUCUUGGAUGUGGUCCCCUCCCGGCCACGGUGGAGUGUUCACGGCCACGUGUCUGAUGCCAGUAUCAAGAUCGGCGAAAACGUCUCGGAUGUGGUCCCCUCCCGGCCACGGUGGAGUGUCCAUGGCCACGUGUCUGAUGCCAAUAUUAAGAUUGGGGAGAAUGUCUCGGAUGUGGCUUCCUCCCGGCCACGGUGGAGUGUUCAUGGCCACGUGUCUGACGCCAAUAUUAAGAUUGGGGAGAAUGUCUCAGAUGUGGCUUCCUCUCGGCCACGGUGGAGUGUUCAUGGCCACGUGUCUGAUGCCAGUAUCAAGAUUGGGGAAAACGUCUCGGAUGUGGUCCCCUCCCGGCCACGGUGGAGUGUCCAUGGCCACCUGUCUGAUGCCAGUAUUAAGACUGGGGAGAAUGUCUCGGAUGUGGCUUCCUCCCGGCCACGGUGGAACAUCCAUGCCUCUCAGUUGCACACGAUGCUGGGGGCACUCUCUGAGGAAGCAGGGCCGCCGACAUCUGGGGCCCACCUGAGCCCCUCUGGCCAUGUGGUCCAGUCAGACCUAGGAGCACAGAGUUCUUCCCUGGAACGUGACCCACAGCUGCCUUCAGAGAUGGCUCAGGUGGCCACCUUGGUCAGCACAGAGGAGGGCGAUCUCCAGGUUGAGUGCAGUGCUGCAGCUGUGCCCAGCACCCUGGGAGAUCGUGUCCCUGAGGAGCCGGGUUCAGAUGGGGAGCCAGGCCCCAGGCACAGCGGUGACAGCACUGCCUCUCCCAGUCUGCCCUUGACUCUGCAGGCAGGUGAGGUUGCCCAGAGCAGCCCAGGCGGGGAGGAAUGGGCCUACCUGGAGGGCCUGGCGGUGCGGUACCACCUGGAGCAGUACCCCGACAGCUAUGAGGCCAUGUCAGAGCCUCCUGCCGCCCACCUCCUGCCCCAUGUGCUGGCUCGCUCCUCCUCCUCCCCUGUGGCUUCCCGGGCCCUGCCCGCCACGGAUGAGACCGCGGUGCAGCUGAGCGAGUUGCUGACGUUGCCAGUGUUGUUGAAGCAUUCCCUCUCCGCCCCGCUGGCCGCCCACGUCUCCCUGGUGAACAAGGCUGCAGUGGACUUCUACUUUGUGGAGCUCCACCUCGGGACCCACCUAGAGACGCUUCGGCAUUUCCUGCUGAUGGAGGACGGAGAGUUCGCCCAAUCCCUCAGCGACCUGCUGUUUGAGAAGUUGGGGUCUGGGCAGACGCCUGGGGAACUCCUUAGCCCGGUGGCCCUGGGCUCAGUCCUGAGCAAGGCUCUGCAGUACAGCCUCCAUGGAGACAGCCCCCUGGCCGCCAACCUCUCCUUCGCCCUCAAGUUCCUGCCUGAGGUGUUCGCCCCCAAUGCCCCCGACGUACUGAGCUGCUUAGAGCUCAGGUACAAGGUGGAUUGGCCUCUCAACAUUGUCAUCACCGAGAGCUGCCUAAGCAAGUAUGGCCGCAUCUUCUCCUUCCUGCUGCAGCUGAAACUCAUGAUGUGGACGUUGAAGGACAUCUGUGGCCACCUCAAGCGCACAGCACUGGUGAGCCAGGCGGCCGGCUCCGUGCAGCUCCGCCAGUUGCAGCUGUUCAAGCACGAGAUGCAGCACUUUGUGAAGGUCAUCCAGGGCUACGUGGCCACCCAGAUCCUGCAUGUCACAUGGUGCGAGUUCAGGAGCAAGCUGGCUGCCGUGGGCACCCUGGAGGAAGUCCAGCGGGCCCAUGCUGAAUACCUCAACAAGGCUGUCUUCCGGGGUCUGCUGACAGAGAAGGCGGCCCCUGUCAUGAACAUCAUCCACAGCAUCUUCAGCCUGGUCCUCAAGUUCCGUAGCCAGCUCAUCUCCCAGGCCUGGGGCCCUGCUGCCCAGUCCCGGGGUGCUGAGCACCCCAACUUCACCCUCAUGCAGCAGUCAUACAGCACCUUCAAGUACUAUUCCCACUUCCUUUUCAAAGUGGUGACAAAGCUGGUGAACCGUGGCUACCAGCCCCACCUGGAGGACUUCCUGCUGCGUAUCAACUUCAACAACUACUACCAGGACGCCUGA